UCCUCUUUCGUUUAUUCAUGUGCGCUCCCCCAGGGCACAGCUUCGGCUUUUCUCCUUUCUGUUUGUCUGCUACCAAUCUGCCAAACACUUUGUUUUGACAGUUUUUUAAACUAUUUAUUUCAGCAUGUUAUGAGAUGAAGCCAACAUGAAUGUGAUCAGGUUCCGGCAGACACUGGCCUUGUUUUGACUGACACUACAUUUUGGCCGCUGACUCGAGGAGCUUGUGCAAGACUGAACCGCUUGCGUUUAGACGAGACGAGGGAGAGGCAGGCCGUGAAAAAGUGUUCCUAGGCGUGACGGCCAUGUAUGUCCGUGUGCAGUAGCGUGGCGAUGUCGGGAGACACCAAGACGCUGUACUGGAGGAGCACGUCCUCCACCAGCCAGUCAGAGUCCACCGACGCGUCCCCAGCGGGCGCCAGGGACAGCGUUAUCCCGGUGAAGAUCGUCAAAGUGUGUUUCCAUAGCAACAGCUCCAACCUGGGGAAGAACUUCAAACUGGUUCGCUGUGAGGAAGGAUGGGCCGUCAGGGAUAUCAUCAAUGCAGUUCUCUCCAGUGGCUGUGUGGGUCCAGGCAUAAAAAACAGCCUCUGCUAUGGCCUCCUACUCAAGCACCUCAAGUCCUCAGAGAUGCACUGGCUGCACCCAGACACGACGGUGUCUGAUCUCACCCAGCGCUACGAGCAGCACCACCUGGAAGCUGAGUGGAGGUACGACCUAAGGAUCAGAUACAUCCCAUCAAACUUCCUGGAGAAAUUUGAAGAUGACAGAACGACUAUGCUCUACUUUUAUCAGCAGGUACGAAGCGACUAUAUGAGACAGUAUGCCUCCAAAGUCAGCGACGGGAUGGCUUUACAACUUGGCUGUCUGGAAAUUAGGAGAUUCUGCAAAGACAUGAAUCCAAAUGGACUAGAGAAAAAGUCCAACUUUGAGCUAUUAGAGAAGGACGUGGGGCUGCACCUGUUCUUUCCCAGAGAGCUGAUCAAUAACAUGAAGUCCAAGCACCUGCGCCGGCUCAUCCAGCAGACGUUUCAGGGCUACUCCACGCUGAACCAGGACCAGUGCAUGGCCAAGUUCUUCAGCACCUUGGCUCAGUGUUACAGCUACACGCAGGAGACGUUCGCCUGCCAGCUGGUGCACAGCUGGAGUCUAACAAUAGAUUUGGUCAUCGACCCUGAAGGCAUCAGUCAACAAAACGAGAAUCUGACACCCGUCCGUCUGGCCACAUUCUCGAAGGUGCGCAGUAUUUCCUGCUCUUCGGAGAGCGACGGCCGGGCUCUGCUGACCGUGCACAUAGAUGGAGCCAAACAGCCGCUGUCAGUGAACACCUCCUCAUUGGCAAUAGCAGAAAACAUGGCGGAUCUGAUUGACGGCUACUGUCGACUGCAUGGCACCGAGAGCUCGCUCAUUGUCAGACCCAACAAAGGAAGACACUGUCGGUCAAAACUGCCUGACAUUCCAAAGCGCGAUGGUCCCACUCGUUCUGAUAAAGGUUCGGACAUUUAUGCUGAGAUCCCAGAAGGCGGAAGAAAGUGUGGUGAAAGAGAAACCUGUCUUAAUGGAAUCUCAAGAGACGACCUUGAUGUUGGCCAGAUCCUUGGUGAGGGAUUCUUUGGAGAGGUCCACAAAGGAGUUUAUAAAAGCCCAACAGGUGAAAGGGUCAACGUAGCGAUCAAAACCUGCAAGGACUGCUCAGCAGACGUGAAGGAGAAGUUUCUCAGCGAGGCCGAGUUAAUGAAAAACCUGGACCAUCCCCACAUUGUGCGUCUGAUUGGAGUCAUUGAAGUUGAUCCUGUCUGGAUUGUUAUGGAGCUGUAUAGUCACGGAGAGUUGGGGAAGUAUCUGGUGGAGCAGCAGUACAUCCUGACCAAUGCAACGUUAAUCCUGUACUGUGUGCAAAUCUGCAAAGCCUUGGCUUACCUGGAGGGUCUCAGCAUGGUGCACAGAGACAUAGCAGUGAGAAAUGUCUUAGUGGCGUCGCCUGAAUGCGUCAAGCUCGGCGACUUUGGCCUGUCUCGAUACAUUGACGAACAAGAGUAUUAUAAAGCCACUAUUAGUCGAUUGCCAAUCAAAUGGAUGGCACCUGAAUCCAUCAACUUCAGACGCUUCACCACAGCCAGUGACGUCUGGAUGUUUGGCGUGUGUGUGUGGGAGAUCUUCUCUUUGGCUCAGCAGCCAUUCUUCUGGCUGGAGAACGGUCAGGUGAUCAACCACCUGGAGUCUGGAGUUCGGCUCCCCAAACCCCAGCACUGCCCACCCACCCUCUACGCCCUGCUAACCCGCUGCUGGGCCUACGAGCCGCACGCCCGGCCCAGCUUCUACCAGCUCGCCUGCUCCCUCAGUGACAUCCACAGGACUGAAAUGGAGCAGGAGUUGGAUGCAAGGCAAAGCAGGUCACCAGCUGCCCCCAACCUCAAAGAUCCUCCACCCAAGCCGCCAAGAUUGCCAGGCAAUACCCUUCCUCGGGCCUCAAAUAUGCAGGCAACAGAUAGCAGGUCGGUGUGGGAGCGCGAGAGAGCAAACGUGGAGAGCACUUUGCAAAGACAGAGAAGAGAUAUGCUGAUGGAUAAACAGUGGCUGGAGCAAGAGGAGAAACAUCUGGACCCUGUUGUGCGACUGGAGUCAAACAUUAUGCCUUCUAAAGAAAGCCCAGAAAAUGGUCCUCCAGAGAAGCCUCCAACAGUCACACAGUCUCGUCCCACAGCUGAACUGGAUCGAUCAGAUGACCAGGUCUACACUGGCGUCAUGGCAAUGGUUAAACAGGUGGUCCAGCUGAAGAACGAUGUCAACAGCCUGCCUGUCUCUGAGUAUCCCCAGGCUGUCAAAACGGUGGGCAUCAGUCUCCGCAGUCUGAUUCAAAGUGUUGAUGAGAUUCUGCCCUCGCUGCACUCCUCUGUCACCACAGAGAUCGAGGGGACCAAGAAACUGCUGAACAAGGAUUUAGGGGAUCUGAUUAACAAGAUGCGACUAGCCCAGCAGAACUCCAUAACAUCACUGAAGGAAGACUGCCAAAAGCAGAUGCUGGCUGCUGCUCACACACUUGCACUGGACUCCAAAAACCUGUUGGAUGCUGUGGACCAAGCUCGGGUUAGGGCCAACCUGGCUAAGCCCAGACCUAAUACACAGGACAAAGCGGAUUCUGUGGAAUAAAGGAGAACACAUAUGACUGUUGAUGGAGUCAGGGUUGGAUAAAGAGCUCCACUGAUAAGCUUUUAAUUGUAAGAAUAAUAAUUUUAAUAAAAACCCAGGUAUUGUAAUAAGGGUUAGGACGACCUAUACCCUGUGUACUCCCUGUUACAGAAUAAAUGUUAGAUAAUAUAUUUGUGUAUUUUGGAAACAAAAUCAGUCAUGAUAUGUUACUUGGUUGUGGUGGAGGUGAGUGAAUCAGAGUACCAUAAAAAUAAUACCAAAAAUGUUUCCAAAGUUGCUUUAUAUUUUACUAAUAAAGACAUAGAUAUACUGCA